GCGGGUAGUGUAGAUGUCCCCUUACACCGCAGACUUGACAAAAUGCAAAGAAGGCACCAAUCUGAGAUUUCUAAAGCCAGACACAGCACUGGACCCAACAUUUAAGAGUGUGACGUGCCUUCCAAAACCUGCCAGGGACGAUGCUUGUGGAACCUGCUUUCAGGAGUCUUACCAGAGCAGCACUCUGAUGUGGAAACUACAGAACCUGAACCACCAAAAGAGAAAAUCAGCUUUCUGCCGGGGGCAUCUGACUCAGCUGAUGGCAAUUAAUAUGCGUCGGGCUCUGCCCUGGAGCCCUGUGGAGCAGCACCCAGCGCUGGGAUGGAAGCAGGCCCCAGGCCGUCCCGCUAAAGCCCUGGGGCGGGACGAACUGACUGGCCCCGAGAGCCGCCACCGCUCACACCUAUGGGGAACGGGGACACUAAGCGCAAACAGGCCUCGGGCUCUAUGGUGACGCAGCUAGACGGCCGCUCAUGCCGACCCUCGCCGCUCUCUAUGGUCCCUGGGAGGAGCGGAGGGGGUGGCGCCCGGUUGCCGGCUCCGGUUCCACGGUCUCGCCAGUUUAAGCUGCGGACACCAUGGCGGCUCCGAAAGAGAAUGUCAGUUUAUUGUUUAAAUUGUACUGCUUGACGGUGAUGACCCUGGUGGCUGCAACGUACACUGUAGCUUUACGAUACACGAGAAUAGCAGAAAAAGAACUCUACUUUGCAACCACAGCUGUGUGCAUCACAGAAGUUAUCAAGUUAUUCCUGAGUGUGGGUAUUUUGGCCAAAGAAACUGGAAGCCUGGGUAGGUUGAUGACAUCUUUAAGAGAAAAUGUACUAGGCAGUCCUAAGGAAUUGCUAAAAUUAAGUGUUCCAUCUGUGGUGUAUGCGGUCCAAAACAACAUGGCUUUCUUGGCUCUUAGCAAUUUGGAUGCUGCAGUCUACCAGGUGACAUAUCAGUUGAAGAUCCCGUGUACAGCCUUAUGUACGGUCUUAAUGUUAAACCGUUCCCUCAGUAAAUUGCAGUGGUUCUCAGUCUUUAUGUUGUGUGGUGGAGUCACACUUGUUCAGUGGAAGCCUGCUCAGGUUACAAAAGUACAGAUGGAGCAGAAUCCGUGGUUAGGGUUUGGCGCUAUAGCUAUUGCUGUACUAUGUUCAGGAUUUGCAGGAGUCUAUUUUGAAAAGGUAUUAAAGAGUUCAGAUACUUCCCUGUGGGUGAGGAACAUUCAGAUGUACUUGUCUGGGAUUGUGGUGACUUUAGUUGGUGUUUACAUGUCAGAAGGAGCUCAAGUUCUCGAGAGAGGAUUUUUCUAUGGCUACACAUAUUAUGUCGGGUUUGUCAUCUUGCUUGCCAGCGUUGGAGGCCUCUACACUUCUGUUGUUGUUAAAUACACAGACAACAUUAUGAAAGGAUUUUCUGCAGCAGCAGCCAUUGUCCUUUCUACUGUUGCAUCGGUGGUGCUGUUUGGUUUACAGAUCACUGUAAGCUUUGCUCUCGGUGCUCUCCUUGUUUGUAUUUCUAUAUACCUGUAUGGAUUACCUCGACAAGACACCACAAAAAUCCAGCCACUGUUAGACACAGUGAGCUCAAAAGAGAAACUUAUUCAGAUGUGAUGUUUGCCAUAACAAAGGACAAGAGACACUGCAAAGGAAAGACUUGGGGGGGGAAACCUGUUUUUAAUUGGCCUUAAACUAGUCAUGAAAAGACUUAAGUUGGAGAGAAUAAAAAGCAGCAGUUAAUUCUGUAAGGAAGUGAAGGGUUUUCAUUGGAUGAUACAGACUCUCCAUUAUUGCCAAGCUCCUGAAGAAGCUAGAUCAUGUAAGGCAUGUUCCUUUCAUGUUGGACUGUGAGGAGCCCACCUACCAGGAAUGAAGAAGGAAGGAAUUGAAUCUUCUGUUGUAUAUAAAAGAAGGACAUUCUCUCCGGCUGUAUAUUUGAAAGACUGUAUUGUGCCAUUUAUGGGCAGAAAUGCUCAAAGGCUCCAUUAAAGGAGAUCUCAUUGCCAAA